CCAGAGAAACCAGUCUAAUCUCUGUGCAUGAGACUGGUUUCAUCUAUUCACUGAUCUAGACUUUCAGAGUCUGUCUGAACAAAGAAAACCGCUCAGUUGUCCGACAUUUGUUUAUUCAUGCCUGAAGGUUUCCACACAAGUAACCUCCCACCCCCUCAUUGUAGAUAACAGGAAGAAUGUUAAUGUGUGUCGCAACAUCCCGCCCGACAGUUACAAAUCAGGGUCUUUAAACCGAGGCUGAGUCUCAGUAGCCUAUCCUCGAUUCCUUGUGUCCUCUCCUGCCGUCCUCGCUUCCUACAGAAAAUGUAAGAGGGGGGAAAGAAGAGGAAAUGUAAAUGUACAGAAUUACGAAAUUAUAGAUUUGUAAGAAAUUGCGACGUUUGUGAGAAACUAAGAGAGCUCUGAGAGAGACACUGAAACAGGAGACAGACAGACACACAGACAGACAAAGCUUGCACUUUCAGCUGUUUCUCCGAGAACAGUUGUUAGAGGGUGGACCGUGGUGGCUGUUAUUGCCCCAGGCCCAGCCCGAAACUCAGCCCCAGCUUAGCCCUAGCCCCAGUCCAGCUCCCCAGCCGCCCAGCCCCCCAGCUAUAUAGCCCCAGCGCCCCAGCUCCACACAAGCCCAGGCCUGUACUUUCAACACAGACAUGGUACAGCUGUCAGUUAAAGUUUAUACUCACUAUCUGUAGACCACCAGCUGUCCUGCUGUGUUUUUCACUAAUAAUCAGAGGGCACAGCCAAGCCACCAUGAUGAACAUAUGGAAACCUUAUAAACCAAUGUUUUGCAACAUGGAGUGUCUCUAUCAAAUAACUGUGAUGCCUGAUGUGAUGUCAUCAAGUAUGAGUUUAUUCUAAAGCACCUUGUAUUGUUUUAACGGACAACAUGUCUUACUGUAGGUAGGAUAAGAGGAAAUAAACAUGGUUGACAGACAGCCUCUAUUUCCUGAUUGUGUGGUAAAGCAGAUCCAUGUAUUCCUGUUUGAUGGUUUCUCCAAUGGGCAAAUGUUUGUUAGUUUAAGUCAACAGAUUUAGUGAUUGUUAAAGGGUUUUGGACACAGGUGUGUCUUGCUCUCUUUGUGAACAGUUUAUUGUCUUGUAAACAGAUUAGAAACCAGAUAUGUUAGAAUGAGAGCCCGUCCUACAACAUUAGAAGAGAAAAGGCUCACAAGGAAAUAUUUUGCAUGAGGGAUUUAUUCUUCCCUCUUUCCUCCACACCUUUCCUCCUUUCCACCACAUCCAUCACCUCAAUGAACUCUCUGCCUUUCCUAACCUGUAAUGAUAAAAAGACAGAGGAUUCCUUAUUUUUUCUCCCAUAGGUUUAAAAAAAAAAGAAGUAAAAUUAAAGGGGCAAUCCACAGUUGAAACAAUAACAAAGCGGACUCCCUGCCUUUGUUUUGGUUUUUAAAAAAGGGCCUGGAGAAAUGUAAUGACUCUUAAAAUCAUAGAUGGAGAUAUUGAUGCAAAGACUGAUCAUCCAAGAUAUCAACAUUAUAGUUUUAAGCAUAUUUUCAGGCUAUACAUUUACAAUGUUUACAAACAUUGGAGUAUAACCAGCUUAUAUUUUGGGUUCUGAUGGAGUAUGAAAGUUGAACAAAGCUCAAAGGCAUUUAGAAGCUAUAUUCUUCAAGAAUCAAUGCGUAUCUAUCAUUAAUUUAUAAGUCCAAAAUUGGAUGUAGUAACUACAGAUUUCCCCUUUAAAGCAUGAUUCUUAUGAAAAUAGUCAGGCACAGUAGUUUUCAGGAUAUAGCAGGUAUCUCUAAUUACGAAGAUAAAACAAAGGGCGGUCGUAUGUACGAGGCGGAUCCGAGUGCGGUAGAUCAGGGCAGCCGUGUUAAAAAUGUUGUUUCGCACAACCUUGAGUGAACAAUUGCUUUUCUACAACGGGUUACCAAUGAAAUGAAACACUUGAUUUUGAUAAAUGUAUUUAUAGGCUAUUAUUUCAUACCUCGAUGAAAAUAUAGGCCUGACACAAAAAUAUAGUCUUGACACAAAGCUACGGUUGCUAGCCAAGCCGGCUGGUCGUUCAUUCUAUAGGUUAGGUUGCCAGAGCCGUGACCCAGUGGUGAAGUCUUUUUGUUCUAUAUCUAUGGACGGUCUAAAUGUUCAUGGUAACGCUCUUCUCCCUAGCUUGCUAGCUAGCCAACUACGGCUAACACAGUCACGUCAAACAGUGUUCCCAGAAUAACAGCAAAGUAGCUGUAUUUGCGUUUGUUUAAGCUGUUUUUAUUGACAUUUAUGUGGAUACAUAACAAUAAGCUAUAAUGAUCUCGUUCGGACACUGUUCGGAGGAGCUAGCCAACUACACAACAACACAGUCACUUCAAACUGAAGCUGGAAAAGCCGCAAGUUAGCUGCAUUUCAUUUAGUUUGAUUCAUGAUUUGGACGGGCUGAGAAAAUAUGUUUGUCUCGUCCUGACACGAUAAUCCUCAUUGGGACAGUGAGAGAUAGAAUUUCAUAUUUUGAAUCAAUGUUGUAAAUGUCGGAGAGACAGACAGCAACGUAUGUACAGUACAAACCCCCGUUGUUGCAAAUCAAAAGUGUCAUUGCGUUUUGGUUAAUUUAUCCAACGUAUGCAUCAAAUUGUAUGUGUCGACUUGACAGAAAUAGUAGCAAAAAGUGAAUGUUGAACUUUUAUUGCACAAAUAUCCAGUAACUAUUUUGGAAGCACGGGAGAUAAUGUCAAGAUGCUUUUUUAGUGGAAAUCAAGUUAAUGAAGUGCUGGGCUGAUGGGACAGUGGAUGCGCAGUCAUUUCUCUGAUAGAACAGAAAACAAGAUGCCAAUUUUUGCGUUAUAGGCUUACCCGUGCUAAACGGGUUAUUUGGUAUGGCUUAGACCCUCAACCAAUCACAAAGCUUAUUUUGACCAACCCAUUUUAGACCGUUUUUUAAAAAAGUAUGGCUUAGAAUGCGUCUCAACCAAUCACAAUGCUUGUUUUGACCAACCUGUUGUAGAAUUGUAACUUUAGAUUAUUAAAAAAAAUAAUCAAAUUCAAUAUUAUUUCAUUUUUGUGGUGUAUUUGGAUGACAGAAUCACUACUUGGGACCUAACUGUCAGCUGACGACUACCACACAUUGAUAGUGAACAGUAGCCUACUCCUAUGAAGACGACAUUGACAGUGUAGAGGACAGAAGUGUGUCCUUACUUCUUUCUACAGGUGCUUCCUGUUCUUGUGAUAACUUAGGCAGCACUUGAAACCAAAAUAACAUAACUUUUUUCUCUCUCUCUCUGUCUCCCCCUUUCCUCCCUUUCUCUCUCCUCCCACCCCUUCUCUCUCUUUCUCUCUCUCUCUCUCUCUCUCUGUAUGUCUCUGUCUCUCUCUUUCUCUCUGUCUUUCUCUUUCCCUCUCUCUAUUUCUCACUCUGACAUACUAAUAACUACUAUUAACUCUGUUUCCACUCUCCUAGCACUGCAUGUCUGCAACCAAUCACAUCUCAGCUAAAGUAUGGUUGGGUUAUUCCAAUGCUCGGUGGCUUUCUUCUUCUCUUUCUGCUUUCUUCUUCUGAGGAUGGAGACAACACGUUCAACAGGGCCAAGCUGAUGAACAUUGGCUAUGCUGAGGCACUGAAAGAGUAUGACUACGACUGCUUUGUGUUCAGUGACGUGGACCUCAUCCCCAUGGAUGACCGCAACACCUACAAAUGCUUCCGCCAGCCCAGACACCUGUCUGUCUCCAUGGACAAGUUUGGCUUCAAGUUGCCCUAUAACCAGUACUUUGGCGGUGUCUCAGCGUUAAGUAAGGAGCAGUUCCUGGAAAUCAAUGGCUUUCCCAACAACUACUGGGGCUGGGGUGGGGAAGAUGACGACAUUUUCAACAGGGUGAGCUCUAGAGGAAUGUCCAUCUCUCGUCCAGAUAGCGAGGUUGGAAAAUGCCGGAUGAUCCGUCACGAAAGAGACAAACUGAACGACCCAAAUCCUCAGAGGUUUGACAGGAUACAACGCACAAGACUGACGAUGAAUACCGAUGGUAUAAACUCUCUCAAGUACGAAGUCGUCAAAGUGGAAAAGGAUCCUCUGUUCACGAAAAUCACAGUAGAUGUGGGGAAACCUUAGUGAAAGUGGAUAAAUGUGAGGAGUUAUUUUGCAUAACACUUAUCACACGGUGGUGGGCAGAGAAAGCACGGCGGAACCAUGGAAUACAAUACCGAGAAUACUCUGAAUUCUCUGGGAACACAGGCAUUUAUUGUGGAAACAAAUGGACAGCACUUGGAUGAAUGGGAUGGCACAACAAGACCUUAUAAAUAUCAGAGUGGAUCAAAAUGUUUGGUCAACGUGUUUGACUUCUAAUGGCAGUACAAAAGGGAAGGGGCGUGGGACGAAUAAGUUAUUUUGUACAUAAUUUGUAAUGAGUUGCCUUUGUGUAAUUCGGUAAGGGACAACUACUUGAUUUAAAUGCGUAUAUAAGUUUAAUAAAUAUGUAUAUAGUUAAUACAUAUUUUAUACAUUUGUUUCUUUCUUCUUGCAUUUUUGGCAGAGAUAUUUGAGAUGAUUAUGGUUUAAUAUAUUUUGCAGAAAUGUUUCCCAUGUUUGAAACUGUGUGAAAGGUCUUAAUCCCGAUCUACACCAACUGUUGGUUUGGUUACUUAUACAUGUUUCCCAAAACAUCAGUUGAUACACACUUGUUUGCUGUAUUCUGUCCAUUCACUACCUGUGACAUGAUCACUUCCAUGCUUCUUUACAUUCAAAACCUAUGCAGUACCUGUUACAUGAAUGAUCACUUCUAUGCUUCUUUACAUUCAAAACCUAUCCAGUACCUGUUACAUGAAUGAUCACUUCCAUGCUUCUUUACAUUCAAAACCUAUGCAGUACCUGUUACAUGAAUGAUCACUUCCAUGCUUCUUUUACAUUCAAAACCUAUCCAGUACCUGUUACAUGAAUGAUCACUUCCUUGUUUAUGCCCGGAGGAUGCAAAUCAGCCAGGAACAAACAUACGACCUACCAUCGCGAGGGUGUAGCAUGUAGGUAUGGUCAGUCUCAGUCCCCACCCACUUGGUUUAUCUUAAAUGUGUGGAAAAACAGGUGUGGUGGACUCAACCUGUCAUUGUGUUUCAUGUGACUGAAAGUAAAAGCCUAAUGUCUGGUGUUCAGUCAUUGGAAUAGAACAAGGAGAAGUUAUUAAGUAAAAUAAAAAGUUUUACAUUUGAA